AUGAAGUACGCGAUUUACUUUAUGAAGCUUAAAGCUGUUAUUCUCAACGAAAGGCUUGAGAUUCUUCAGCAAUCAGAAGUGAAGUUCGAUGAGGAUUCAUCAGGUGAAUUCGGAGUGUCAGGUGGUGUAUGUAUGGGUGAAAAUAAAAAUGAAUAUUACGUCAAUCCUAAAAUGUGGGUGAAAGCAGUUGACACAGUGUUAGACCGUUUAAUUUUUGAGGGAGCUGACUUUUCUAUCGUGGCUGGUAUCAGUGGAUCUGCUCAGCAACAUGGAAGUGUUUACUGGAAUAAACACGGAAUAGAUACUUUGAAAGAUCUCGAUUUUGAUAAAUUUCUAUACAAUCAAAUUAAUGAAGAUGCAUUUGCUGUCAAAAAAUCGCCCAUUUGGAUGGACAGCAGCACAACAAAACAAUGCGAAGAAAUGGAACAAGCUGUUGGUGGUCGUGAUGAAAUGUUGAGAAUAACAGGAUCGAAAGCUUAUGAAAGAUUCACAGGUGCACAAAUAAGGAAAAUAUUUCAACAACAACCUGAUGCAUAUCACAAUACGGUAAGAAUUUCACUCGUGUCAUCAUUUUUAGCUUCGCUUUUUCUCAACGACAUUGCACCGAUCGACUUAUCAGAUGGUUCGGGAAUGAAUCUGCUUGAUAUCAAUAAACGCUGUUGGUCGCAGAGAUGUCUUGCAGCAUGUGCUGAGAGAUUGGAAGAAAAACUUGGCGAUCCUGUACCGACAAGCACGAUCAUUGGAACAGUUGGAAAUUUUUUUAUUCACCGUUAUAAAUUCAAUGCCGAUUGUAAAGUCAUUGCAUUCACUGGUGACAAUUGUUCAGCAUUGUCGGGACUUAAUUUAGACGAUGAAUGUUUAGCAUUCUCUUUAGGAACAUCUGACACGAUCAUUAUGUCACUUGACAAUCCUCCAUUGUUAGAACAUGGUCACGUGCUGAUUCAUCCAACGAAAGAUGAACAUUUCAUGGGUUUACUUUGCUUCAAAAAUGGUUCGCAUGUCCGUGAUACUUUCAAGAAGUCGGAAGCGAAUGACAGUUGGGUGAAGUUUUCAGAACUUUUGGAAUUAGCACCACAUGGAAAUUUCGGUUAUAUGGCACUUCAUUACUUAUCUCACGAAAUUUUGCCAUUUGUAAGUGCUGGAUCAUUAAGAUGGUCACCAACUGACAAUUAUGACAAUCAUAAGCAAAAGAAAGACGAAAAAGUUCAAUUUCCAUCACAACAAAUAGAAAUUCGGGCUUUGAUUGAGGGACAAAUGUUAAAUAGAAAAGCUUUUGCUUUGGAUAUGGGAUUCAAUUUUGGUGGUAACGCGAAGAUCAUUGCAACAGGAGGCUCAAGUUUGAAUAAAUCGAUUUUGAAAGUUAUGGCCGAUGUUUUUGAUUGUCCGGUUUAUAUCAAGAAAACUCCGGAAUCAGCUUGUCUGGGAGCUGCUUAUCGUGCAAGAUAUGUCGUUUAUCUUGAAGCUUCAAAAAAAGCUGGUGACAAGUACAAAAGUUAUCACGAAUUCAUUAAGCAAUUUUGUGAUAAGGAUUUACAACGAGUUGCAUUACCUAAUGGUUUAUGUGGAGAGAUCUACGAGCCGAUGCUUGAAAGAUAUCGUGAAAUGGCUCGAGCUAUGAUGGAACGUCAGAACUAAAGAUCAGAACAAAAAUUUUUUUAGAAUUAUAUUUUUUUUAAUUAUAGUGACAUGAAAACUUUUAUUUAGAUUCCCAGCAAUCUGUAAAACUUUCUUAAAUUUUUUAGUUCAAAUUUUGGUGAUUUAGGAGUUUGAAAGAUGUGACAGGGAAAUUGAUAUUUUGAUAACAUUCCAGUGAGAUCAGAUUUUUGAUAGAAUAUUGUGGGGUUGAAAUAUUUUAAUAAAAUCGUGAUAGAUAAUUUGAUAUUAAUAAA